AUAGUAUUCGCCCAGCAGAACCAAGCAUCUGUUCCAUUGCAGCACGCAGUGCACGGUCUUAUCUGGAUUUGUGUUUUUUUGUGGGCGAAGGUGAUUCGUAGUUAACUGUAGCUCCAGUUUAUCAGUGUGCACAGCUGCAUUCAAGAUGGCUCCCGAAACUCCCGCUCCAGCCAAAAAGGAUGUACCUGUCAUCGAUCCGGCAUUUCGCUCCAUUCAAAAAGGACACGCAGCAUUUCUCAUCUGGCGUGUAGAGAAACUGCAGCUUGUCCCUGUCCCAAAGGAGCAAUAUGGCAGCUUCUACAGUGGAGAUUGUUACAUCAUAUUUUCGGCUUGCGAUAAUUCCCAAGCGCCUGGUAUUAACGUAAAGUCCCGGGAAAUACGAGGUCUUCCGGAUAUGCGAAUCCAUUUUUGGCUUGGAGAGCAUGCUUCACAAGACGAAGCGGGCGUUUCGGCUAUCAAAACAGUGGAACUGGAUGAUUUGCUGGGUGGCACGCCGAUUCAGCAUCGCGAAGUGCAGGGCUCGGAGUCCGAACGCUUCCGAGGCUACUUUCCGGGUGGCAUAAGAUACAUGGAAGGCGGAGUCGGUUCCGGUCUUUCUCAUGUGGAGUUGACCAUCAAACCGAAAUUAUAUCAAGUGAAGGGCAAGCGACGUCCAAUCUUCCGCGAGUUGCGCAGUAUUUCCUGGUCGUCUAUGAAUGAAGGCGAUGUGUUUGUACUGAGCACCAAAAAUAUACAAUUUGUGUGGUAUGGAAAGAGCGCCAACAAUUACGAAAAAAUGCAAGGCUCAAAGCUGACGCAGAAGAUCCGAACGGAGCGCGGUGGUGGACAAAUUGUCACCGUUGAGGAUGGCGAAGAAAACGACUUGCCAUCCGAUGAAAAGGAGGCCUUUUCCGAAUUCUUGCCAUUGGACAAAAAAGCUUUAGGCGCCGCUACGAAAGAUGAAGAUGAUGCGACCCAUGAACGACUUUCCGUUGAACAGCUGAAGCUCUACCGAUGUUCCGAUGCGCAUGGCACAUUCGAAGUUGUGGAAAUAAAAAACGGUCCUUUGCUUCAGACGGACCUGGAUCAGAAUGACAGCUUCAUCAUUGACAACCAGAAGCAUGGUAUUUGGGUGUGGAUCGGUAAGAAGGCCACAAAAACCGAGCGGACUGAAGCGAUGCGUAACGCACAGGGGUUCAUUAACAAAAAAGGAUAUCCUCCUGGAACACCCAUUGUUCGCGUUAUCGACGGUGGCGAACCAGUAGAAUUUAAAGGUUUAUUUAAGGGUUGGCAUGAAAAGCACCAGGUUGCCGGCACCGGUCUUAGCAAAGGUCAUUCAUUUAACCGAAUCGCUCAAACAGUUCAGACCCAAUUCGAUGCUUCUACACUGCACGACAAUCCCGCCUUGGCAGCCAGCAGUCAGAUGGUGGACGAUGGAUCCGGAACAAAACAGAUUUGGCGGGCGGAAAACUUUGACCUGAAGCCGAUCGACCCAAAAUACUACGGCGCGUUCUAUGCAGGAGAUUGCUACGUCAUAUUGUACACUUAUUUCCGGGGAUCGGCAGAAUGUCACAUUAUAUAUUACUGGAUUGGGGCAAAAUCUACAGCGGAUGAGCAGGGAACAGCGGCUUUGAAAACCAUUGAGAUGGAUGACCAAUAUGCAGGCGAGCCGGUACAAGUGCGUGUCGUCCAGGGCAAAGAACCGCCUCAUUUCAUGGCCAUGUUCAAGGGAAAAAUGGUGAUUUUUGAGGGUGGUAGGGCAAGUGGUUUCGCCAACAGCAACCAAAAAGACGAGCAGGGCGUCAAGGACACCUUCUUGCUGCAUGUUCGCGGUUAUUCAAAGUUCGAUACGAAAGCCAUCGAGGUGCCACGAAAAGCAUCAUCCCUAAAUUCCAAUGAUGUUUUUGUCUUGUUCACGAAAGCAUCCGUGUAUAUUUGGGCUGGAAAGGGCUCAACCGGUGAUGAGCGAGAAGCUGCGAAACUGAUCGCUAGCAAAUCGCCACGCGAAUCGGUGAUGAUUUUUGAAGGCAGUGAAAAACCGGAUUUUUGGGAAGCUAUUGGUGGGAAGGAGCCGUAUGCCAGUGAAAAGCGCCUACAAGAAGCGGCCCCAGAACGUAAACCACGUUUGUUCCAUUGCUCUAAUGCCAGCGGACGAUUCAGCGUGGAGGAAAUUGUGGAUUUCAACCAGGACGACUUGAUUGCUGACGAUGUGAUGCUGCUGGACACGGGUGAUGCCAUUUUCAUGUGGAUUGGUGAUGGUGCAAAUGCGGAAGAAAAAAAGAAAGCCGAGGAAAUCGCAAAGGAUUAUUUGCGUACGGAUCCAAUGGGGCGCGAUGAUUCGACACCGAUUAUGCGCAUCAAACAAGGUUAUGAGCCGCCGAAUUUCUCUGGAUUUUUUGGUAUUUGGGACAAUUCGCGUUGGACGAAGCGACCAGCGGAUGGAGAGAGAUCCGUUCCCAGCGGAAGUGCUCCCGUGAAUAUUAAUUUGGAGCGACAGGUUAGCGCUGGUGGUGUACCAAAAUUCCCUUUAAGUCGUCUGCGUUCUAUGGCAUCGGAAGAGUUACCGGAGGGAGUGGACGCGCAGAGCAAAGAGGUUUACCUUAACGAAGAGGAUUUCCGCGCAGUAUUCCGCAUGUCAUACAAUGACUUCAGCCAGCUUCCGCCUUGGAAACGAACCGCUCUGAAGAAGUCCGCUGGGCUGUUUUAAGGCUAAAUGUUUAAUUGUGAAAAUUGUGGAAGAUAAAUUUCUACCUGUUCAAUGAUAAGUAUCGGUUUACGAAGUUUCGUUUGGUUUCCAGGUGUAAAUUUUCCGGUCUUAUUUAAUAUAGUUUUUUUUGCGAAGCACGGUAAGACAGUGAGCACUGUUGUGUCGUGCUCGUGCACUCUGUAUGCACUAUGCCAUGGCCUAACUUUGUUCCAAGAAGUUUUCUGCCUGUUGAUUAUUUAUUGUCGGAUAUUUUAUUGAAUAAAGACCAAUUUAUUG